UCUCCCGGGCCAUACAAAGGCUCCAGGCUCUCCCUCCCUUCUCGACCUUUUGAUUCUAAUCCGUUCCUUCUUUUCUAUCAAGUCCCAACUUGUUUGAAGCAUAUCCAAACUUGACUUCGGUCAGCCACUCUUUUUUUCAACCCAACUAUUCACACUCUCUUUCUUAAUUUUAAACCAUUUAUAAACGGUUCUUUUUAAGACCAAAAAAUCCAAUACCAUCACAAUGCGUUUCACUGCUGCUUCCAUUGCUCUCUUCGCCGGCCUUGCCGUUGCUGCCCCCGAGGGUAUUCACACCGUCUACCAGACCGAGGACGUGACCAUCACCUCUUGCGCUCCCGAUGUCACCGACUGCCCUGGCCGUCAGCCCCAGACCUCCACCCCCGAGGGUGUUGAGCCCGUGACCACCCCUGCCGCUCCCCCCGUGGCCACCACUGAGGCUUCCGAGGUUCCCCAGCCCACCACCGAGGCUGAGGUUCCCUCCGUUGAGCCCACCACCGCUCCCGCUGGCGUCCCUACCCAGCCCAGCCAGCCCAGCCAGCCCGUCGUCCCCGGCGUCCCCGGCACCAGCAACCCCGUUGUGCCCCCCCCUGCUCCCUCCAGCAGCUCCCCCGUCAUCCCCGGCAACCCCGGCAACCCCGGUGUCCCUAGCGGCCCUGCUGGCGGCAGCACCACCUCCGUCGUGGCUGUCACCACCUGCGUGCCCACCGUCACCUACUCCACCAUCACCGUUCCCUCCGGUGUUGCUCCCACGGGCCAGGCCCCCAAGCCCUCCAACCCCGUCAUCCCCACCCCCGGUGCUCCCGGUAACGGUGUCGGCGUUGGCCCCAGCGGCAGCGCUACCCCCUCCACCUCCGCUCCUGGUGCUCUCUUCACCGGUGCUGCCAACACCGUCAGCAACUCCUUCGGCUUCGCCGGUGCUGCUGCCGCCGCCGCUUUCUUCCUGGCUUAAAUUUAUACCCUUCCUUGUGUAUAGUGGGAACCACCACCUCCGAGUCAAGUCAGUUCCAGGGUUAAAUUAGGAGGAAAGCUUUCAUUUUUCUUCCGGAUUAAUUUGAAGAAUUGGUUAUAUUCGGGGCGGGUGUUUUGUCAUUUAGAGAAACCUUUUUUUGUGGAUAUGUGUGUGUUGUCUGUGUGGGAUGCUGGAGGAAGAAGAGAGUAAUAUGACUUCCCCUUCUUGCGUCGAGAUUUUUUUUCAUUUUUUUGUGUCGCUGUUUUUCCCUUCUCGUCUAUAUAUCCUUUUUCAUAUUUCUUUUAUAUCUUUUGCUUUCUUGGUCCAUUGCUUCGGAGUUGGUUUUCCGUGAAGCACUUGGCUGGAUACGAUUUAAUGUAAACCAUGAAAUGCUUCUACCCUGGUUAAUUCGAUUCCGAGCAGUAAUUUUAUUUUUUUUAUCUUUUU